UUCAGGCCUUCCCUCCGUUUGCCAUUUUCUUGCCAGGAGAUUGCAUUCCUGCAGGUUUCAGCAGCCUGUUGCAAAAAGCUUUUGUUGGGCGGAUGCCUCCCUCUGAAGCUCUGUUCCUACUGGCAAAGGCUUUUUGAAAAGGGUUGCCAAAACCUACAAGGAUGCAACACUCAAGUGCUUUGCUGACAAGAAAAAAGACCUGAAGGGGGGCGCGUUCCUCCAGGUCUCCUUUUUCAUCGCUGAAGACCGUCUUAAGCAGUUUGUUGGUGAGAAAGAAGAUCUGGAAGGGCACAUGCAGCCCUCUGGGUCCCUUUUUUCAUAGCAGAAGUCUUCUUCAAGCUCUUUGCUGAAAAGAAAGGAGGGAACAGGCAAAGAAACAGGCUGGAGGAGACAGAUCUUCAUAAGGCCAGAAUGGGACAAAUUGCCACAGUCAGCUCACCACCUCCAGUUUGCCACCAUCAAGUUGCUUCUACCAACUCACCACGGCCAAGUUGCCAUAGAGGACCUCCACAUGUCCAACUCACCAUGGGGACAACUCACCAUGGGCAGUCAGAGUGAGAGCUGGACAGUUUCUGAUGAAACUUGCAGCAAGCAACAGAAAAGUCUUCCCUAUUCUGGAACCCUGUACUCUUUAACUGCUCCUUUAGGGAGAGAGGAGGAAAGAGGGGAAGAUCAAACUUGCAGCUGUUCUGGAAGACUUGUUCCAUCUUGCAGUUUCUGUGGAAAAGUAGAAAAUUCAAGGAAGUUGCUGUGUGGAUUCAUUAAGACAAAAUGCUUUCUCUGAAGAAAUAUUUCACUGAAGGACUCAUUCAGUUCACAAUUUUUCUCAGCUUGAUCGGAGUGAGGGUGGAUGUAGAUACUUAUCUAAAUUCACAUCUCCCUCCUUUGCGGGAGAUCUUUCUGGGCCAGAGCUCUGCAUACACUCAAACACAGUUUCACAACCUGCGGAACACCCUAGAUGGCUAUGUUAUACACCCCAAAAGUGUAGAUCUGGACUACUAUUUUACAGCUCGACGGCUUCUCAACCAAGUUAGGGCCUUGGACAGGUUUCAGGUGCCCACCACUGAAGUCAGUGCUUGGCUGGUACAUCGCGAUCCUGAAGGUUCUGUCUCUGGUGCCCAACCCAAUACAGGCAUUUCCCUUGAGAAUGGCAGUAGCUUGCAAAAUGGAACUGCUUCAGACAAUGUAGUCAGAGAAAAUGCAAUGGAACAAGCAUAUAGUGAAGAGUUGGAAGACCUAGGUGCAGUGGCUCCUCCACUAAACGGUGAUCUAACUAAAGAGGUAUGUAUAGCAAUAUUAUAUGGGAUAACCUAAGAGAAAGAAAAUAAUUGUUUGAGGAUCUCACUAACUUUCAUUAAUAAAUAUACUGAUUUUUGCCAAUAUUUAACAUUUCUUUGAUAAGAGUGAAAUAACAAUAUUAGUAAUCUAUGUUGAUACAUGAUGUAUAUCCAAGAGUCAGACCUCAUAAACAAUUUAUUAUAUAAAAUACAUUAAAUGUUUCUAUUUUCUUCUAAACCAAUGGUUCCCAAACUUCAUUACUCAAAGCUACUUAUUAGAAAGUUGAACUUUGAGGACAGGUCAUAAGUCCCUUUGUUCAGCAUUAUCAUAACUUUAAAUGGUUACUGAAUGUAUGGUUGUGACUCAAGGACUAUCUGUAUUAAAAACAUAACUAAGUGAUCUUUAAGUU